AUGUCCUUGCCUGCAGGAUUGUUUCUAUCACAAGCAUAACCAGUUUUGCACAGCAGCAUCCUUUUUUCCUCUAAAUCAUUGGAGAAACUUAACUCAUUUUUAAAAAAAAAUCAUGGAUCUCCCUGUUUGUCACCACUGUAGCUGCAUCCAAGUGUCCCCCUCUUACAUUCAAUGGGCUGUCUAUUGAACUGAGCUCAUUAGGAUUCCUUUCCAGCAGCAGAGCAGUAUAAAAGAUCAUCCGAUGCCCUGGUUAUUCCUGCACUGAUUCAAAAAGGGAAAGCCAAGUCACAACUUUAAAUGUAACUUCUUGACACAUUUGUUUGUUUUUAACUCCUCACAAAGAGACUUAUAUGUCCUCCCUGGUGACUUGACUGAAAGUUGUGAAACUCUUCAGCAUACUGAGUUACAAGUGCUUUUAGUGAGGAGAAACGGACUCCCGCUGAGUGGUAAACACUAAGAUCCAUUAGGGCUGCACAAGUUUCUGCAUCUUACUGCUAUUUAAAUCAUUUUGAAGAAAAAGCACUUUCUCUUUACUAGUGCCAAAACUUGAGUGAAUGAUCUUUGUCUCUCUUUUUUGUCUCAUUCUCCCUCUCAGCAGACCUAUAAAGACAAGUAUGUAUCCAGCUGGAGGGAUAUCUGCAGCUAUACACGCCAACAGGCUACGGGCAGAAGGCAUGGGCUCCCAGGAACAGGCUUUGCCCUUCUCGAACCAGGACUACGAGGCACUGAAGCAGGAAUGUGUGGAGUCGGGCUGCUUGUUUGAAGAUCCCUGUUUCCCUGCUGAGCCUCCAUCCCUGGGGUUCAAGGAACUCGCCCCCUAUUCCUCCAAAACUAGAGAUGUUGAGUGGAUGAGGCCCACAGAACUGACAGAUGACCCUCAGUUCAUUGUGGGUGGUGCCACCAGAACGGACAUCUGUCAGGGAGCGCUGGGGGACUGCUGGCUCUUAGCAGCAAUCGCCUCUCUCACCCUCAAUGAAAGGCUUCUCCAUCGGGUUGUCCCACAUGGGCAGUCCUUCCAAGAUGACUAUGCUGGAAUCUUCCACUUUCAGUUCUGGCAGUUCGGUGAAUGGGUGGAUGUUGUGAUCGAUGACAGACUGCCUGUCAAAGACGGGGAGCUCAUGUUUGUCCAUUCUGCUGAGGGCAAUGAGUUCUGGAGUGCACUGCUGGAGAAAGCUUACGCCAAGCUGAAUGGCUCCUAUGAGGCUCUGUCUGGAGGAAGCACCACUGAAGGCUUCGAGGACUUCACAGGUGGUGUGUCUGAGAUGUACGAGCUCCGCAGUGCUCCCAGAGAUCUGCACAGGAUAAUUGCCAAAGCCCUGGAGAGAGGUUCUCUGCUGGGCUGCUCUAUUGAUAUCACCAGUGCCUUCGACAUGGAGGCCGUGACUUUCAAGAAGCUUGUGAAGGGCCACGCCUACUCACUCACUGGACUGAAGGAGGUUGAUUUCCGAGGCAACAUGGAACGCCUGAUCCGGGUACGUAACCCCUGGGGUCAGGUGGAGUGGACUGGUGCCUGGAGUGACAAUUCCCCUGAAUGGGACGAGAUUGACCCGUCUGAACGAGAAGACCUGCAUCUGCAGAUGGAAGACGGGGAGUUUUGGAUGUCCUUCAGUGAAUUCAAGAGGCAGUUUUCUCGGCUGGAGAUCUGUAACUUGACUCCUGAUGCCCUGAGUGACGACGGUGUCAGUCACUGGAACACCAUGAAGUUCUACGGCACAUGGAGGAGAGGCAGCACCGCUGGAGGCUGCAGGAACAACCCCAACACAUUUUGGAUCAACCCUCAGUACAAGAUCACCCUGCUGGAGGAGGAUGAUGACCCAGAGGACGAUGAGGUGGCGUGCAGCUUUUUGGUAGCUCUCAUGCAGAAAGACCGCCGCAGAUAUCGGAAGCAAGGUCAGGACAUGCACACCAUCGGCUUUGCUCUUUAUGAGAUUCCAGAAGAGUUUAAAGGCUGUCAGAAUGUCCAUUUAAAGAAAAACUUCUUCUUGGCACAUUCGUCGUGUGCUCGCUCGGAGACCUUCAUCAACCUGCGAGAGGUGAGCACACGGCUUCGUCUGCCCCCUGGAGAGUACCUCAUCGUCCCAUCCACCUUUGAGCCCAGUAAGGAGGCUGACUUUGUCCUCAGAGUCUUCACUGAGAAGCAAUCGGAAACAGAAGAACUGGAUGAUGAAAUCUCUGCCGAUUUAGGAGAUGAUGAGGAAGUAACUGAAGAUGACAUUGAUGACAGUUUUAAGUCCAUGUUUGCCCAGUUAGCAGGAGAGGACAUGGAGAUUUCUAUUCAUGAGCUUCGGACCAUUCUAAACAGAGUCGUCUCCCGGCACAAAGAUCUGAAGACUGAUGGCUUCAGUAUGGAAUCAUGCAGGACCAUGGUCAACCUGAUGGAUAAAGAUGGUAGUGCCCGUUUAGGGCUGGUGGAGUUUCAGAUCCUCUGGAACAAGAUCCGAAAGUGGCUGGUCGUUUUUAGAGAUUUUGACCUCGACAAGUCAGGAGCCAUGAGUUCAUAUGAGAUGCGUCUUGCUGUGGAGGCAGCAGGUUUUAAACUGAAUAACAGACUGCACCAGGUCUUGGUAGCCCGGUAUGCAGAGAAUGAGAUGGUUGACUUUGACAACUUCAUCUGCUGCUUGGUCAAGCUUGAAACCAUGUUUAGGUCUUUCAAGCUGUUCGACAAAGAGGGAUCAGGAGAGGCUGAGAUGAACCUCACAGAGUGGCUUUACCUGACAAUGUGUGGUUGAAGAGGGGCGUCUUCUCUGGAGGAAGUUGUGCAGCAGAAGUACAGUGCCUGCAGAUUGCCAUGUAUCUAGAGAACUGAAGUCCCCUCAGCCUUAGCGACCUGCUAAUCCUUUUUACACAUCCAACCUCAGCGUACGUCAAGUAGUAAAACAGCUGUAUAACGGGAUACCAAAGUCCAACCAAGCCAAGUGUCUCCCGGACAAAUUUUAGAAACUAUGCAAACCUACAGUAUAUAUAUAUACAGUACAGUCACUGUGCCACAUAAAUCUGUCAUUUCUGUAACGGCAUGAGUCUGUGCAUGACAAAAAAUCACUAGUGGUUAUGUGUAUUGUAAGUUCAUUUUAGUUUUGUUGUCUGUAAGAACUGAUUCUCUCACAACUAUUUCACUAGUCAUUAUUUCAAAAUUAAAACUAACAAAAACUGAAAAAGUAGUUUUACUAAGGAAAACAAAACAUUGAAGAAAUCUGAAUAGUCUGCUUUAAAAAAGUGAAGUCUUAUUUCUCUAAAUCAUUCUGCACUUCUUUCCUUUUUCCUGAUUUAAGAAAGUUUUUUUUUUUUUUACAGGAAUUUGUUUUAAUUUGGUAAUUUCAUUUCUGCACCUCUAGAUGGCAGUACAGACCUGAACUGAUGUUAACGGUUUUCCCCUCAUUUUUUUUUUGGCAUUUGAUACUAAAGUUUAGUAAGUGUAUUACACAAAUAAUUUUCUUUAAAUUAUGUUAAGUUUUACAUUACUUAAUGUUUUUUUAUUUUGCACUGGGAUCUUAGAGAAACAGCUACUAAAGUUGCCUCGCAUUGGUGAGAAAUACUGUAUUCAAGUCCAAUCAAGUGACAUUACAGGGAUCAUACUAAAUGCCUUAUACAUGACACCAUGUUAUAAACAGCUAUUAAAAAUAUGCCAGUCAUGUGUUUUGCGUUGUGAAUGUAUGUUGUGCCUUUAAUAAAUAUUUCCCUCACAGUU